CACCCUCCGCCUCCGAUGAGACGGCACGUCGCCAGCCUGCUGCUCCUCCACGGCGUGGCCGGCCUCUCGUUGCGGCACGCCGCCGCGCCUCGGACGGCGCCGCGUGCCGCCGCGCCGUCCAUGUGUGGCAUCCUCGCCGUCGUCAACUCGAAGCUCUCUCCUGAGGCGCUGCGGUUGCAGACGCUCACACUGCAGCGGCUCGUGCGGCACCGAGGGCCGGACGGGAGCGGGAUCCACGUGGUGGAGACGCCGACGGGCGCGCGCUGCUCCUCCGUCGCCCACGAGCGCCUCGCCAUCGUCGACCCGCUCUCGGGGAACCAGCCGCUCUUUUCGCAUGACCGAUCGCGCUCGCUGACCGUCAACGGCGAGAUCUACAACCACAAGCAGCUGCGAGCGGAGCUCAAGGACCCGACGGCGUUCCGCACCGAGUCGGACUGCGAGGUGAUCGUCCACGGCUACGACGAGUUCGGCGUCGACAUCGCCUCGAAGCUCGACGGUGACUUUGCGUUUGUGAUUCUCGACGACCAGACCGGCGACGUCUACGCGGCGCGCGACCCCGUGGGCGUAAACUCGCUCUACAUGGGCACCGGCCUGGACGGCUCCACCUGGUUCUCGUCCGAGGCCAAGCCGCUCGUCACGGGCGGCUGCAUCGACGUGCGCAUCUUUCCCCCCGGCCACUACUACCUCGCGCGUGGCGGCGAGGAGGAGGGGCGGCUGGUGCCGUAUUACGCGCCCUCGUGGCACUCUGCCUCCGCCGCGACCCAGCCCCUCAACCUGGAGAAGCUGCGAACCACCUUCACCGCCGCCGUCGAGAAACGGCUCAUGGCGGACGUGCCAUACGGAGUCCUCCUCUCGGGAGGCCUCGACUCGUCGCUGGUCGCGUCUGUCAUCGCGCGGCUGAAGCGGAAGCGCUUUCUUGAGCAUGGCAAGGUGGACGACCUGCAGCCGGUCAAGUCCUUCUCGAUCGGCCUCGACGGCUCGCCCGACUUGGCAAACGCGCAGAAGGCACCGAACGGCACCGAACUGCACCACGAGUGCGUGCGCAAGGUGGCGGCGCUCAACCAGUUCGACUGCCUCCGCGCCAACAAGGCGACCAUGGCGCACGGCCUGGAGGUGCGCGUCCCCUUCCUCGACCGGGGCAUGCUCGACGCGACCAUGACGCUGGACCCGGACUUUAAGCUCACGCGCAAGGGCGAGAAGACGCAGUUCCUCGAGAAGUGGGCGCUGCGCGAGGCGUUCAACGUGCCCACCGAGCCGUUCUUGCCACACGAGGUGCUCUUCCGCCAGAAGGAGCAGUUCUCGGACGGGGUCGGCUACUCGUGGAUCGACGGCCUCAAGGAGCACGCCGGCAAGGUCAUCUCCGACGAGGACAUGGCGACCGCGCCGAUCCGCUUCCCGUACAACACGCCUGGCACAAAGGAGGCCGCCUACUUCCGCACCAUCUUCCACUCGCACUUCCCAAACAACAACUACGGCAACGGCAUCGAGGCGACCGUGCCGGGCGGCCCGUCCGUCGCUUGCUCCACCGCAAAGGCGAUCGAGUGGGACGAGGCUUGGUCCGACCCGACCAAGCAGGACCAGUCGGGACGCUUCGUCGAUACGCACGACGCGGCCGUCGCCUGAGGGCGGCGGAGGGUGAGAGCCCGCAGAACAGGUGUGCUACAACGCGCCGAACACGACUCGCUGUGUGACUGACUGUCUAUUGCCGAUAUUGGCGGCCUGCUGGCGGCGUGUGCCACCGCCAAAGGAGAAGCCGGCGCCCCGCACACAGUUUGGUGACUGGAGUCUGCACAGCCCCGGGGGCAGCACGGCACGAGUUUCAAAAGCAAAAACACUCCA